AUGCCUGUUUUGGGCGAAAUCCCGGUCGAUUUUGAUGUCAUAGAGAGAGAAAAGGAAAAUAUCAUGCCUCUGCGAUCUGGCAGAUCAGCACUGACACUUUCCAAGAGCAUUGGCGGGAAAGCGUUCAAUUCGGAUGCCCCGAACGUGGAUUUGAUAGCAGAGCAGAGAUUGGAGUUUGAAAAACGGCUGCUUCAGGAGCUGGAAGAUCUAGACGAUCCUUUGGAGCUCUUUUUACAGUAUAUUACGUGGAUCAACAAUGCAUAUCCACAAGGCGGGCAAUCCAAACAAAGUGGGAUGUUGGAGGUGCUAGAACGAUGUCUCAUGUAUUUUCGCGAUUUUGGAACCUACAAAAAUGACCCUCGAUACGUGAAGAUGUGGAUGUGGUACCUGGAACUUUUCGCGGGCUCCGCUGCAGAAAGACAGAGCUUGUACGUGUACAUGAAACGGAAACAGAUUGGUUCAUCUCUGUCACUUUUCUACGAGAGUUUGGCCUCGUUUCUAGAGCAGCAGAAACAGUAUUCGCAAGCCAGAGACAUUCUCCAGAGGGGUAUCGAAACUAACGCUAGACCGCUGGCAAGACUGCGAAAAACGCUGCAAAAAUUUGACGAAGUAAUGAAAGACUCGAACAUCAAGAUCCAGGAGGUUGCCAGCGGAGAAAGCAUCUUGGACCUUAACCUCACAAGCAUUUUGGGAAGGAACAGGGUCCAAAUUCAACACGCGGGUCAAGACACACCCGUAGUCCGCCCUUCCUCGUUCAAGCACGCUAUAUUCAAGGACAUGAAUGAAGCUAAUCCAGAUGACAAUCUGCGAACAGAAGGGUGGGAUUUCCUAGAUUCCAAACAUCAGCGAAAUAAAGAAAAUGAGAUGAAUAAACAACUGCUUGUCUCGGGCUCCAACGUCGGAGUACUCAAACAGACCGACCCUACCAAAACAUCUACAAACAGACUAGCGAUUUUCAAUGACGCCACAGGCAGAAGUGGGCCUAUUUACAAGAUCUUGGAGAUUCCAGGUCGGAAACCCGAACAAGUAGAUUGCAACUUUGACUUGAUAUACCCCGGCAACAAUGAGGAGUAUUGCAUUGAAGAGCGGCUCGCAAUGGCUCGAAGUGUUUAUCAUAAGAUGAAGAGCCCGAAAAGGCCGUUGAGUGCGGAAAGUAAUAACCCACAAGAAAGGAAAAGGGAAUUGAAGAAACUAAAGCUGCCGCUUCGCGAAAAAACGGCGCCUAUAGUACACUCUUUACCAGAUGGUCGCGAAGUCGAGGGUUCACCGGAGGAGAUGAAUGUACAGAAAUACCAAAAAAUCGAAAGGACGUCCAUCCUUCCACUUAAAGACGAGUCAAACGAAAAACACGUACCUUCCAAAAAAACUGCCCCAAACUCCCCUACAAUGACUCUUUACUCUAAGGAUGCCAUCAAUGAAGUUUAUUCGAUGUUCAACCAGAACUUCUCCAUACCCCAGCCUGCCAUUGAUAACGACGAUACUACCAGCAAAUUUGCAAUGUUCGAAAACUUCACUCAGGAAUUCACUCGCAAACAUAUGGACGACCUCACAGAGACGAAACAGGAGCUUCAGCAAGAGCACGGCGAGAAAACGCCUCAUAAAGAUCAAAAUCCCGAGGCCGAUGCAAUCACCGGCAAGGAAAAUACCACCCCUUCGUACAAAAGCAAGCUUCAAGAAUAUAUGACUCCAAUUCAGGAGAGGACUGAAGGUAAUUUCAAUGUGAAUCUCGCCCUUCACCAAUUAAAUGAUGUCACAACAAUAGGAAAGAAGAAUGAUACCAUGGCUGUGUAUACAGCCGAAAGUUCACCUUUUCUAACGCAGCCGCGAAGCUUGGGCGAUGCGCUCACACCCACUCCGCUGAUCAUUACCAACCCUUUGAGCGAUGAAAUCAGACAUGCACAGCUGCAAAACAUCAAUCCACCCCUCUCUGCCUACGAGACUUUCUACCAGUACAACCAGUCGCUAAAAAUGAGUGCUCUAUUACGCAAAAUUCACACUGUCUCUAAGAAUGCCAACAAAAAUCCAAUUGUCGACUUCAAAAAGACAAAUGACUUGUAUUGCAUCAGGUCACAGCUGGGGGAAGGUGGCUACGCAACAGUGUAUCUGGCAGAGUCGAGCACAGGGUCAUUAAAGGCACUCAAAGUCGAAAAGCCUGCAAGCAUAUGGGAGUUUUACAUUCUAAAACAAGUGCAACAGAGGCUUGAUGGGCAGCCUGUUUUGGACUCUAUUAUAAACGUUGACUCUUUGCAUUGCUUUGAAGACGAGAGCUAUCUGGUCUUGAACUAUGCGAGCCAGGGUACGAUACUAGACCUAAUCAAUCUAGAAAAAGAGCGAAAUGGUGGACCCUUGGACGAAACUUUAUGCAUGUAUUUCGCUGUGGAGCUAAUGAAGGUUUUAGAAUGUAUCCACGAUGUUGGAAUAAUUCAUGGCGACUUGAAACCUGAUAAUUGCAUGGUCAGAUUCGAAGAAAGCUCACAGUCACUCUCAGACUAUAAACAAGGAGUUGGUUGGGACAAAAAGGGUGUUUACCUGAUCGAUUUCGGCAGAUCCUUCGACCUCACAUUGGUGCCUGUUGGGGCUAAAUUCAAAGCAAACUGGAAAACUGACCAACAAGACUGUCCCGAGAUGCGAGAGGGGCGUGCAUGGACUUACGAAGCAGAUUACUACGGUCUGGCCGGGAUAAUUCACGCGAUGUUAUUCGGAAGAUUUAUCGAGACGCGGGCGUUACCAGAUCAGCAAUAUGCUUUGACCCAUAGCUUCAAGAGGUAUUGGAGACAGGAUAUUUGGCGUCCUCUUUUUGACGUGCUUUUGAACAGUAGUACACAAGAACGAUUGCCCAUCACGACGAAAAUGAGAGAACACCGAGUAAGCCUAGAGAAUGCCUUGGAGGAAAACGGACAUCGUCUUAGAGCCCAUGUUCUAAGCCUACAGUCAGACUUGUUGAAAUUCAAGAAGUAA